UAACUUGUUAUCUUUAUGUUUGUCAGAGCUGAUUCACCGAUGGAGGAGUUUGUGGACGAUGAGAACCAGCAGCAAAUGCUGACACUGGCAGAGAACAACCCAGACAGACUUCAUGAGGUGGUUGGGGUAGAGUUUUUUGAAGAACAGCUUGAUCUUCCCAGCCAACAAGGAGGCAAUGUCUGCCUCUUUGACCAGUUUGGGAAAAGAUUCAGGAGUUUAUCACAUUUGAAGCGUCACACUGCGGAAAAACCCUACUCCUGCAAUGAGUGUGACAAGCGCUUCAGUCAGUCAUCAGACCUGAAACUUCAUCAGCGUAUCCACACUGGAGAAAAGCCCUAUGUCUGCAAUGAGUGUGGAAAGAGCUUCAGUAGAUCAUCAGACCUGAAGGUUCAUCAGCGUAUCCACACUGGAGAAAAGCCCUAUGCCUGCAAUGAGUGUGGAAAGAGCUUCAGUAGGUCAUCAGACCUGAAGGUUCAUCAGCGUAUCCACACUGGAGAAAAGCCCUAUGCCUACAAUGAGUGUGGAAAGAGCUUCAGUAGAUCAUCAGACCUGAAGGUUCAUCAGCGUAUCCACACUGGAGAAAAGCACUAUGCCUGCAAUGAGUGUGGAAAGAGCUUCAGUAGAUCAUCAGACCUGAAGGUUCAUCAGCGUAUCCACACUGGAGAAAGGCCCUAUGCCUACAAUGAGUGUGGAAAGAGCUUCAGUAGGUCAUCAGACCUGAAGGUUCAUCAGCGUAUCCACACUGGAGAAAAGCCCUAUGCCUACAAUGAGUGUGGAAAGAGCUUCAGUAGAUCAUCAGACCUGAAGGUUCAUCAGCGUAUCCACACUGGAGAAAAGCCCUAUGCCUACAAUGAGUGUGGAAAGAGCUUCAGUAGAUCAUCAGACCUGAAGGUUCAUCAGCGUAUCCACACUGGAGAAAGGCCCUAUGCCUGCAAUGAGUGUGGAAAGAGCUUCAGUAGAUCAUCAGACCUGAAGGUUCAUCAGCGUAUCCACACUGGAGAAAAGCCCUAUGCCUGCAAUGAGUGUGGAAAGAGCUUCAGUAGAUCAUCAGACCUGAAGGUUCAUCAGCGUAUCCACACUGGAGAAAAGCCCUAUGCCUGCAAUGAGUGUGGAAAAAGCUUCAGUAGAUCAUCAGACCUGAAGGUUCAUCAGCGUAUCCACACUGGAGAAAAGCCCUAUGCCUACAAUGAGUGUGGAAAGAGCUUCAGUAGGUCAUCAGACCUGAAGGUUCAUCAGCGUAUCCACACUGGAGAAAAGCCCUAUGCCUACAAUGAGUGUGGAAAGAGCUUCAGUAGAUCAUCAGACCUGAAGGUUCAUCAGCGUAUCCACACUGGAGAAAAGCACUAUGCCUGCAAUGAGUGUGGAAAGAGCUUCAGUAGAUCAUCAGACCUGAAGGUUCAUCAGCGUAUCCACACUGGAGAAAAGCCCUAUGCCUGCAAUGAGUGUGGAAAGAGCUUCAGUAGAUCAUCAGACCUGAAGGUUCAUCAGCGUAUCCACACUGGAGAAAGGCCCUAUGCCUGCAAUGAGUGUGGAAAGAGCUUCAGUAGAUCAUCAGACCUGAAGGUUCAUCAGCGUAUCCACACUGGAGAAAAGCCCUAUGCCUACAAUGAGUGUGGAAAGAGCUUCAGUCAUCUAUAUAGUCUGAAGGUACAUCAGCAUAACCACACUGAAGACAAGCCCCACUCCUGUGAUCAGUGUGGGAAGGGUUUCAGUGUGUCAUCACAUCUGAAGCGUCAUCAGCGAAUCCACACUGGAGAGAAACCGUACAUCUGUCAAAAGUGUAGGAGGCGUUUCAGGCACUCAUCCACUUUCAAACGUCACAAGAAUACAUGUAGACGCAUCCCCCGAACCUAAAUGAGCAUUUCCACAAAUGUUUGUUAAAAUAUUUCACAAAACUAUUAAAGUCUUAUCCAAGCAUAUUAAAAUGUUCUAAUUCUAAUUUCGUUUUCAAAUAAAAGCCAUUGACAGAGAAAUGUUUCAGCGCUUACAGAGGGUGUAUUUAACCAAAUCUGGUUUGUUCAAAGAAUUUAAACCAGUUGCUCGAACAGAAUACAAAAUACAUCAUAACCACAUAAACGUAACUGCCAAAAGCUAGAUUUCCAAACUAUUAACAUCAAACUCCAGUGACCUCAAAUAAUGGGUAAAAUCAACAAAAAAAGAAAUAAUUACAGCAUU